GCUACUUCCGGGUUUAAAAGGCGAAGCUGUCAAGGCUCUGCACCAGGCUAGCAGAAAUGGCAACUUUCAUAUUACUAACACUAUAUGCUUUUAUAAACUGUUUCACAUUUUUGCCAGUCGUACACAGCAACAAUGUUGAGACGAAAGCUGCGCAGUUCUUCAGCAGCGGUCACACGAACAACUGGGCCGUGCUGGUUUGCACUUCGAGGUUCUGGUUCAACUAUCGCCACGUUGCCAACGUGCUGUCUGUGUACAGGAGCGUGAAGAGACUGGGCAUCCCGGACAGUCACAUCGUUCUGAUGUUAGCCGACGACAUGGCCUGCAACCACAGAAACCCCAAACCUGCUACCGUGUUCAGCCACAAGAACAUGGAGCUGAACGUGUACGGAGACGACGUCGAAGUGGAUUACCGCGGAUACGAGGUGACAGUGGAGAAUUUUCUGCGAGUGCUGACCGGACGACUCCCGGCGAGCACGCCUCGCUCCAAGCGCUUACUGAGCGACGACCGCAGCAACAUCCUCAUCUACCUCACGGGUCACGGUGGGAACGGCUUCCUAAAGUUCCAGGACUCGGAGGAGAUCAGCAACGUGGAGCUGGCCGACGCAUUCGAGCAGAUGUGGCAGAAGCGAAGAUAUAACGAGCUGCUGUUUAUAAUCGACACCUGCCAGGGGGCGUCCAUGUACGAGCGGUUCUACUCGCCCAAUAUCAUGGCUCUGGCCAGCAGCCAAGUGGGAGAAGACUCUCUUUCACACCAGCCUGACCUCGCCAUCGGAGUCCAUCUGAUGGACAGAUACACCUUCUACCUGCUGGAGUUCCUGGAAGACAUCCAUCCUGCCAGUCAGGCCAAUAUGAACGAUCUGUUUAAGGUGUGUCCACCGAGCCAGUGUGUGUCCACGCCGGGCCACCGUACCGACCUGUUCCUGCGAGACCCCGGCAGCGUCCUGAUCACCGAUUUCUUCGGCAGCGUGCGUAAAGUGGAGAUCACGCGGGAGGUGGUGAACCUGACCACACCGAUAGAGGAAACAUCCACAGUCACGUCUGUUGCUCAACAAAAUGAGAUGAGCGAGGUGCUGUCUUACGUGGACCAGUUACCAGUGGCUGAAAUCAUUCAUCAGAAACCCAAACAGAAGGACUGGCACCCUCCAGACGGCUUCAUCCUCGGCCUGUGGACGCUCAUCCUGCUCGUCUUCUUCAAAACCUACGGCAUCAAACACCUCAAACACAUCUUCUAACCGAUGUUCAUAUUUCUCCAUCACGAAUUCCUACUUUUGUCUGGAGGUUUUCGACAGCGCCCAUGCUUUAAAAAGUCCUCAAGCUUUUUUAAAAAAGCAUUGUGAGGCCCAGGACACACUUUUUGAAAGGCGACGCGCUCUGACUACUGACUUUGACGAUCCUUUGUUGUGGUCUGUUACGGACUGUAAUCUGGUUAAAUUUCAGCAACAGGGACUUUUUUUUGGGGGGGGGGGAUUGAUGGGGUUCUUUCACCACACUUUUUAUUUAUUUUUUUAUUUUAAUCCUCGGAUACAGUCGACCAAGGACAACCUCACUUUGAAACUCGGUUCAGCACGGUUUAAAUAUGCCACCGACGUUGCACUGAAACUCUCUGAAAUCAGAAAUGUGGAAGCUCUUCAUUUAUCAUCAGGCUUAUUAUAAUUUCCGCUUGCUAUUUAACGACAAACCAAAACAAUUUUCCCUUUACCUCAUGUCCAGUGUGUGAAUUUGCUCCUUUACUUUUGCACCGGAGCUACGAGGCUGAUGUGGCUAACAAAUAGUGGCUAACUAAUUUCGAAUAGUUUAGUAUCUCAGCCUGGAAUGCUUGCUCACACGGUUUCUGCCAUCUAGUAAGUAUUAAAUAGACAUUUUGCACUAAAAAAAAAAAAAAAACAUGAUUCAAUCAGGAUUUUGGUAUAUAUA